CUCUGUGCCCCCCGUAGGGGGGAUGGCAUUAGGGUGGGCCUUGUCCCCCCACAUCCGCUGCGCCAGCCUGCUGGUGGUGCCCAAAUUCCUGGGCAAGGAGGGCCGCAUCUUCGUCCUCUCCCUCGUCAUCGCUGCCAUCUUCAACGGUCCCGUGGCCAACCUGUGGCACAACCUGGAGGAGGUGAUCCGCUCUGCGGGGUGCGUGAUGGAGCUGCAGGUCAACCACAGCCGCCAUCUGUGGAGGGUGACAACGGUGCCACUGAGAGCCGUGAUGGAGGACAUCGUG